CAGCCGAAUACAUGAACUUCUUGCUCGAUAAAUCUUGUCACGCCGGCUUAGGUUACUGGGAGGGUCAACCUACAAAAGUCAGCCUCGCUAAUUGCCCAGCAAGGGGACCAACUCACGAGAUCGGCCACGCAUUGGGGAUAGAACACGAACAGUCCCGAAGUGACAGGGACGAAAACAUCAUUGUUUUCAUGGCUAACGUUAAGCCAGAAUCUGCAAGUAAUUAUGAUAAAGAACCGACCAUCAACUUCAACGUCCCUUAUGACUACUACUCUCUUAUGCACUACCGUGAACGGAGUUUUGGCAUAGACGGCAAACGCGCGAUGCUUGCUAAAGAUGCUCGUUUCCAAACGCGCAUGGGAAAGGGCACUAAAAUUACACACUGGAACGCCAAGCUCAUGAACACCAUGUACGGCUGCAUAGACGAUUGGUUGAAGGCCUGCAAGAAAGAGUCUGAACCCUGCAAGAACGGCGGCUACACGCAGAAGGACUGCAGCUGCGCGUGUCCUCUUGGCACGACUGGCGACAAGUGUGAGAAUCUCGUCUUGAGCUAUAGAGAUGCUCUGAUAAAGCAGCUCUCCCCGUACACUUCCGUCAUCUCAACCUCUGGUGCAGUGGUCGUCUCUCCUGGCUACCCCGACAAAGGGCCAUCGACCGAAACGCAGUACACACAGGUUUUCCGUGCCACGGAGUGCCAGCGAGCGGUGGUGAAGUUCGACGACUUCGGAAUCCAGCCGCGCAAUUCUAGCAAUAAUCUCUGCGGUUCCAGCUUCCUGGAGAUCCGCUCCGACGUCUCCGUGCCGGAGGGGAAAAUAUUUUGUGGUGAAGAAAUCAAGAAAGGAACAGCAUUCGAAAGUGAUAAGUCAGUGCUCAUCCUUCAUUACACGAACGGAGACUACACUAAACAUGGCAAGGAAAACACAUACAGAGGCUACAAGGCUACUUUCACCACCGAAGCCAUACCCAACUGCAGUUGAUGGGGUUUCAUUCACCGGCUGGAAUGUCCUGAGAACUGAAGACCACAAGGAACAUUAAACGAAUAGUGUUUUGU